UUUUACUUUCGAUAUACAUUUUAGAGGACAAAACUGACCUUGAGAACAGUGUGAUGCAGAAGAAAAUUAAAAUCCCCAAACUCUCUCUCAAUCACGUAGAAGAAGCUGGGGAGGUUACAGAUUAUGGGGAAGAAGAUGUGGAGCUUAGACACAGUAAGAGGCAAGAUGGAAGGAAACAAAGUGAAGGUACACACAAAAGCAUCGAAGCAGUUGUUGCUCGCCUUGAAAAACAAAAUGGGAUGAGUCUCAGUAAUACUUCCAGCCCUGAGGAGGCUUUCAUGGAGGCUUCAGAAGGGAUGAACAACAUGGACGAUGCUGUAGUCCCUCGGAUUCUGUAUGAAGAAUUGCUGAGGAGUUACCAACAGCAACAAGAAGAAAUGAGACACAUUCAACAGGAGCUUGAAAGAACGCGGAGGCAGCUUGUGCAACAAGCAAAGAAGCUAAAGGAAUAUGGGGCACUCGUGUCAGAAAUGAAAGAGCUCAGAGACUUGAACAGGAGACUCCAGGAUGUACUGCUUCUAAGACUAGGUAGUGGACCUGCCAUUGAGCUUGAAAAAGUAAAACCAGAAACAAUUGAGCCUGAACCUGAGGUACAGAAGACCUUCAGUGAGGAAGCAAAUACAUCAACGUAUUUUCCUGCCCCUGUUCCAGUAAUGGACAAGUAUAUUCUCGAGAAUGGAAAGGUCCAUCUUGGCAGUGGAAUUUGGGUAGAUGAGGAGAAAUGGCACCAGCUGCAAGUAACACAAGGAGAUUCAAAGUAUACAAAAAAUCUAGCGGUUAUGAUUUGGGGAACAGAUGUUCUCAAGAACAGAAGUGUCACAGGAGUUGCAAAAAAAAAGAAAGAUGCCGUUCCCAAGCCACCUCUCUCACCUCACAAAUUAAGCAUUGUCAGAGAAUGUUUAUAUGAUAGAAUAGCACAAGAAACUGUGGAUGAAACUGAAAUUGCACAGAGACUCUCCAAAGUCAACAAGUACAUCUGUGAAAAAAUCAUGGAUAUCAAUAAGUCAUGUAAAAAUGAAGAAAGGAGGGAAAGUGCAAAGUUCAAUUUGCAAUAAAUUUUGGAUUUUUAAUAAAAUCUUAGUGUUUUACAUAA